GCUCCAAGCAAACAUUACGCACUUUUACAGCGAGUUACAACGUACACGGACAACUGUGAGGCGGAUGGAGUGAUUUUUAAAUUGAUGGUAUUAAUCUGCAAGCUUAGAACUGGCGUGGAAAUCGUUUGAUUACCAUUUCUUAAUGUCGUUAUUUAUUCUUCGAACGGCGUCGCCGACGAUUGAACAAUAUAUGGGUCACAAUGACGUAUGAUGCAGCAUAAUAUCGGAGGGCGAAGGAACGCAGGCACACACCACAGAGGAGAGCCAGUCAAUCAAUCUCUAACGCCCUCGCAUAACACUUAUUGGUUAUGAUGCGAGUAAUAGCUACGCACGCCGCAAAAUAAUAUUAUCAUGUUAAUAUAAUACUUACGUUUUGCCGGAGCGAUCAAAUGUAUCGUUGACUCGUCGAGCUUCAGUGGACUUGCCGCGCCGAUAUAGACACAUUUCAAUCGUUUGUAACUAAACAAAUACAUGUUUACAAUUUAGUUAUGAAGAAUUGGAAUACAAAAAAAAUAUCCAGUGCUAUCAUAACUAAGCUUAUAAUUGUCCUCUAUGUUAUCAAUUUUCAAUUUAGAUAUUCGAAAUGCUUGGAAUUCAGAGAUAUUCUACCAGAGGAUGCAAAACAAUAUGAUAAAAUGAGACCACCCAAAAUAGAUGGUACGGCGACAAAAGUUCAUUUUCAUGUUACGGUGAUGGGCUUAGAUUCAAUCGAUGAAAAUGCAAUGACAUACGCUGCUGAUAUUUUUUUUGCUCAAACAUGGAAGGAUCAUAGACUUCGUUUGCCGGAAAAUAUGACUUCCGAAUAUAGAUUAUUAGAGGUUGAUUGGUUAAAAAAUAUUUGGAGACCGGAUUCGUUUUUUAAAAAUGCUAAAGCCGUUACUUUUCAAACUAUGACAAUUCCAAAUCAUUACAUGUGGCUUUAUAAAGACAAAACUAUUCUUUACAUGGUCAAAUUAACGUUAACAUUAUCCUGUGCAAUGAACUUCAUGAUAUAUCCACAUGAUACACAAGAAUGCAAGCUUCAAAUGGAAAGCUUGUCUCAUACCACUGAUGACAUGAUAUUCCAAUGGGAUCCAGAGGUACCGUUGGUUGUCGAUGAAAACAUUGAAUUGCCUCAAUUGCAGUUAGUUAAGAAUCAAACUGCUGACUGCACUCAGGUUUAUUCCACUGGAAAUUUUACAUGUCUUGAAGUUAUUUUUGUUCUUAAACGAAGACUUGGGUAUUAUCUGUUUCACACUUACAUUCCUACCUGCCUUAUCGUCAUUAUGUCGUGGGUUUCGUUUUGGAUUAAACCUGAAGCAGCUCCAGCCCGUGUGACGUUGGGUGUUACGUCUCUAUUGACAUUAUCCACACAACACGCUAAAUCUCAAGCUGCACUGCCUCCAGUUUCAUAUCUAAAAGCAGUUGAUACAUUUAUGUCCGCUUGUACAGUGUUCGUAUUUAUGGCUCUUAUGGAAUAUUGUUUGGUGAACAUAGUGCUUGGUGAUUCCGACAUGCCGCCAAAACCAUUAAAUAAAAAAUCAUUUAAUUUCAGCUUCAGGAGCAACUUGAAGUUAAACGAUGGCCACCCAAUCCCGCCGCCUCCGCGUCCGCCACCACAGGCCACUGCGGCCGCUUUGGCCGCCACAACGGCCCUCGCACAAAGAAACCGCACCCGGGCCAUAAACAUCGAUAGAUUUUCGAGGGUGUUCUUUCCGUUGCUGUUUGCGGUACUCAAUAUGACGUAUUGGGUUAUUUUCGCGCGGUUUUUAUAAUGCCAUCGCGCGAUAGUCACCCCGUCGUCUCACACACCCAUUACACUAACAAUACCCAUCAUUAAAUUUAUAAUACGACUUACAUCUGAUUUUGUUAAUAUCACGACGACAGUAUUUAGGUACCUAUCAAUAUACGUACAUAUUAGAGAUAAUAUGCGCCUAUACACUAUAUAGUACACCAAAACAAUUAUUGUACUGUAUACCUACAGGGUUAUCCAAGUAUAAUUAUUCGAUGUUUUAUUAUGAUUAAUUAACUUAGACAGAUAUACAGCUUCCUAGGUCACCCGAUCUUAAUACUUUGAAGAUUGACUACUUUUUUUAGAAAUUUGUUAAAGAUACUGUAUACCACGGACUAAGAUAUAUAUGUAUAUAUCUUAGUUCGUGUUGUAUACAUAGUACCAUUAUUACCAACAACCACAAGAGAGUUAAACAAUUAGCCAAAUCAGUUGCAACCUAUAUAUAUAUAUGGAAUUAGAUAUGUAGAUGUUGUUUGUUUGACCAAGUGAAGCCACGCUACAUACAACAUUUAUAUUUUAUAGGUAUAUUAUUAAAUACAUUUGAAAUAUUAUUGUUUUAUUUAAUGUAAUUAAUUUGAAUCUAAAAACUGAAAAUAUAUAAUAAUUUUAAAUCGGACGAAUAAUUUUGAAUAACCCUGUAUAAUAAUUUAAUGCAUUUUGCAUGUAUACCGCAGUUAUAUAAAACCUGAAAUACCUAUACGCAAAUCAAACGUUUGAGAAUUAUUAAUGUACGUCGUGGUAUAUAAAAUUGAAUCGAUGAUGUUUGAAAAUUGAAAUAAUUUUAAUUUGACAGUUACUCUAUCUGCAUUCUCCGUGAAUUUCAUAAAUGCACCAAUCACCUAUAUUAUCAUAUCGAAUUGCAAGCUAUAUCUUAAUAUGGUGUUGCACGCGUUGUUUUUUAAUAACUAAAUAAAUCGAUACCUGUAUUCGUAAAAUUUAAUUAAAAAAAAAAUAAUUUAAGUGUGAGUUUCUUAAUUUUGGUUGACCUAUUUGUUUUUUCGUAUAAAAUAAAGAGAUAAUUUUUAAACUUUUUUAAAUUCUGUUUUAUUGAUACGCGUACAACAGCAUGUGAUAUACUAUAACAGUUAUAGCGUUACAUAACGUUUUUUCAAGGGGGGUCGCAUUACAAAAAAAAAAUAUAAACAGAAGGGUCGCGAUCCAAUAAAGGUUGAAAACCACUGCUAUAACUAAUAUGUGUUUUAAACAGUCAAAUUAGUGAAAAAUUCUAUGUAUGAUAAUGAUAAUCCGAUGCCAAAUAUCGGAUUUAAAAUGAAAUACUGUAAUAGUUUUAAAACUGUUGGUCCUUAGCACUGAGAAGAUAUAUUUUUGUUGUAACUAUAAAGGAGCUCUGAGAUCAUAUAAAGUUUGAGAACUACAUUAGUAGGUAUAUAAUAUUAUAUUAAUAUAUAAGAUAAUAUGAGAAAUUUUCGAUUACUUUUAAUCUGAUCGACAAUAUUUGAUUCUUUGCAUUUUUAAAAACGAUUAGUUUAAAUUAUUCGUUUAUGCGCGUGAUACGUUGUUUUAAUUAUAAAUAUAGUUUUGAUGCGUUCCAAUGACUCUCAUAAAGCACAACCAUAACGGAAUACAAUUUUAUGUGGAUCUCCAAUGUUAUACCUUAUACGAACAAAUAUUACUCGCGAAUAUUAGGUGCAAUACUUGCCGUUAAAGUAGAUCACUCAUCACUCACACUCAAAUUGUACAUAUAUAUUUACCUAUAUGAUCACGACCGUCUGGCUCAUACCGACCACAGUUGUAUAUAGCAUAAACGUAGGUAUAUAUUAAAAAAUAAAUUACAGGAGUCAGUGAUUACGAAUUCAAGA